GGCAUGGAAAGUUUCAGAAUAAAUAGAAUCCGUACAAGGUACUGAAUAUAGCUUAAUUAACUAGUUGUAGAUUUUACUUAAUUUAGGAGCUGAAAAAUGCUAAGCUGAAAAAGUGGACUUUUCUCUCUCAAAAUUUUGUGGUUAGUUCUCUGAAAUUUUACUAAAAGUAGUCCUAAUUUAAGUGGCCUUUGCAUUUUGAAUAAUAGCAGAAAUGGUGUCACUCAAAGGCAAUUAUUUUUUAGUUAUUCCCUUUGCAUUGUUUUUUGUUUGUUAAAUUAUGGGGUCAUAUGGGAUCCUGAAAAUCAUAUGGGAUCCUGAAAUUCUCAAAAUAAUGAUAGGAGCUUUGCAGUGACAGGAAUUAAAUUUUUUCUUCCUUGAGACUUGGAGCAUUCACUUUAGUGGGAUAGCUAGACAAGUAAGACAUUCGUAAGACAGUUACUUUAUACACUAUAUAUACAUAGGGUUCUGAGAGAAAAAAAAUCUGGGCAGAUAAUUAGAAAAUUUACAUUAAUCUGAAAUUAAUAAUUGAUAAAAGGUAUUAGAAGGCACAUGACAAAAAUAAUUUUAAAAGAAAAUUAUUAAGUAUCGUGAAAUUUUGUGUUUAUAUAUAAAACCAUGUUGCAAAAAUGCAGUCAUUUUACAGAAAUGGAUAUGAAGUAGUCUUUUUAUAUCAGAUACAAAUUCUUGAUGGAAAAAUUGAAGCCAUCAGGCUUCUGUUGUUGAAGACCAAGUUGCCAGUGGUUGAUAGUUCUUAUUUUCACUUAAACGGGUACCAAAAAAAAUACACAUAGAGAGAAACUUUGUCGUGAGCCUAUUAGGACAUAGAGUGAAGAGAUGAUCAUGCCUCCAUUGAUACUUUGACUUCAUGAAUAGUCUUUCACAGAAGCAGUUUGGGAACAAGAUGGGAUGUAAUCUGGCUGUUCUGGUCAAGCCCUAUGCCCUUACUCAUCCUGGUCUCAAACUCAUAUGGAACUAGCCUUUUCUUUUUCUGCAGUAUGGAUAUUUGGUCUUAUGAUAUGAUAGAAGGGGAGAAAAAGUGGCAAAAGAGAGAUAAGAAGAGUAUAGAGGAAUGCACAAUUGAAAAAGAUAUAGAAUACACUGUGGCCAGGCUGGAAUAUUGCCUUGUCUAAUUUUAACAACCAUAUGUCCUCAUGUGUGUGCUGGUUUUUUCUUGCUGAUGUUAGAGGGAUGUUUGAAAUGAUCUCUUAGGGUAACUCAGGGGCUGUCAGUCUCUCACUGGGGAAUCCCUUAGAUUUCUUUUUUUUCCUCUCCAUCCUAGAGGUCUUCCUUUUAUAAAAACCCCAGACAGAAGAAUAGCCUCUCUCCUCAUCCUUAAGUAUUAUCUGAUGAGGGCUCAUUUCUCUUUCAUACCAGCCAUUGUAUUUGCAAGUCUUUUAUGAGCAAACUGUGUCUCUUUGUCCUCUUUUCAUGCUUCUGGUACACACAUUUAUAGGUGCAGAGCAUUGCAACUUCUCAACUUCACUUUUCAAACGCUGUACUUUAAGAGAGGGACUCUUGAACUAGUAUUUACAGCUAGACUCAAGGGGAAGAAAAGCAGUUUAGAAAUCUCUUCUGGAAACAACAAAUCUCUUCUGGAAACAACAAAUAAUGAAAAUUCUGAGGUGUCUGGAAAAGAAAACAGUCAAGCAAUAAUUUAUCCCAAAUUCAGAAUGGCACUGCUACAUAAACAAAAAGCUAGACUGCCUCAAAUCGACUAACUUCAGUAGAAGUUAUAUCAAAAUUAUAUAAAGUUGCAAAAUAAUUUUCAGAUCUGUAUUUUUCUAUAGUUCUCUGUGUGAUUUUCCUUGCCAUUUUUGUCCAUUUUCUUAUUCCUUAUAUCCUGCACAUAGGCUGGAGCUCAAUUCCCUUAGUGGUUAUCAACUUCUCUAAUUAUUUCACUAUCGAAAAAUUCAUAAUUAAGCAUAGUUUUCUUCUUAAAGGGAUAGUUUUAUCAUCUUUAUUUUAUUACUCUCUAACAAACUCAUCAAGAUAUGGUUUUGAGUUUUAAAUUUAGACCCCAUCAGUUGGGAAUAGAAAUGUAAAAGUUACAGUUAAGAGAAAAGAUGGGGGUUUCAUUCUUUAUAAUUCAGAUCUGCAUGUAUUUUAAAUGAAUUCUUUAUAUAGUCAAAAGUUACGUAUUUUUAAUUUGUCUAAUUAAUGAUUGUAUGCACACACAUCUGCUAUUUGUUGACUGAUUCAGUGUUGCUGUUUAAAGAAAGCUUGGCCUCAAGGGGAAGUUGAACUGAAAUAAUCUUUUGGCUUCACCAAGACAGGAAAGUAAAUAUAAAGUUAUAAAAAUAAAGUUAUAUUUAUGCCAAGGCAAAAAAAACCCAAAAAAACCUUUUUUAUUCAGGCUGCCAGUAGAGACUGAAAUAUCCAUACUAAUCUCAGGAAGAAUGCAGCUGAAUUUUUUAAUGUACUUUUGUGUUCUCAUUACAGUGUACUUCUGCACAAAAAUGCGCAGCCAGAUGGUAAAUUAUGGAGAAUUACAUUCGUUUUGACACUGAGGUGUAACUAAGGUGUAGUGUAACAAUUCUGUACAAGUUUAACUUGGUACCUCUUUGAGUCUCUGCUGAAGGCAGUGGGAGGCUCUGAAAGCUCUGUGUAUAAAAAUGCAUAUAUGGCAUGAGAGCUAACACAUAGGUAUUGAUCUAGAUUUGAGCAAACACAUCUGAAUAAUGCAACCAUCUUUUAUUAAAGGAAAUUUUACUGUGCUCCUUAUGUGUUGCUUGCAGUUCAUACCAAAAGUUGAAAAGCCAAAACAUUUUGCACAGAGUUUCCAAUAGAGAUCAAAGACAAAGUUCAGAAAAUAACCUAAGUAGUUUUUGCAUGAGACUCCUCUUUUGCACAGACUCUUUGCACUUUAGAGGGGAAGGGUAGAGGGAACUUAAUCUCUCUUCAGAAUCUUUUUAAGUUCCCAUUUCAUGAUUUACAACUUACUGUACGUGAUAAUGAUGUAGGUAACUGCUAUCGCUUCUGGGAAGGGAAGCACAGAAACUGUGGAGAUUACUCUAUGAUCAGGGCCACAAACCAAAAAAUUUCUUUUUCCCCCAGUUCCCCUCUGUGUACCUGACCAGUCAGGUUCUGCAUUAAAAUCUGCGUGGCUUCUAGUGUAACACAGCUUAUGAAGGCAGAAGCUGGUGACGUACAUUAAAGAGAAGCAGAAAGAUUUCACCAAGUUUCUUACUCUGUUUUGAUUCUUACUAUUACCUUUACCAAGUAAAUGAAAGAGGCUUUAUUGUUAAUUGUAAACUCUUCCACAUGUCCAGGAACAUUUUCCUCUUGCUGGGCUUGUAAAUAUGCAUGCCUAGGGCAAGGUUUGUUCACAGUGUUGGGAAGAAAUUUAUUUUAAAAAAUUCACUGACACUCCUAACAUGGCAGGAAUGAAUGGUUCAGUGCAUUUAAAAGCAUGUUUGAAUGUAAUUCAUGUAAUUAAUGUAAUCUUGCUAUUGCAAGUCUAGAAAACUCCUCAGAAACCAUAUGUCAUAAUAAUAAAACUUUCUUCAAAGUCACGUUCCCAGCUUCCUAAAGGUCUGCAUGCUGAAUGGCUCUUGCUUGUAAAAAGUAUUGUCAUCUGCACAGUACAUUUUCUUAUAUUUCAAAUAGAAGAAAUAGUGAAGAAAUCAAUUUUUUGCUAUGACUUUCAAAAUAAAUGAGUAGCUGAGCUGGCCAAGUAGCUGAUCAAAUCCUAACUUAGAAGGACUGAAGACUUCUGACAUAAGCUAUAAUUACAAUAUCUCUGGUGGUCUAGAUUUUCUUACAGACCUUAGGAAAAAAAUCAUUAAUUAGUACAAAGUCAAAAUUGAGAUCAGAGACAAAAGGCUUUUUUAUUCUCUCUGGCACUGAAUUGUCUAAACUGGGUAAAAUCAGGGCCUUGUGAGGUAUUGUGGGACAAAUCUUGAAUAAUUAGUGAUGCAUAUACAUACUUUUGCAAUGUAAUUGUGUGCGUGUGAGAGUGUGUAUGCAUAUACAGCAGUAUAUGGCUUAACCCUGAUAAUCUCCAUAGUAGAUGUGUACUUCCUCCCUUCUUUAUAUGCACAAAAAUACCCAACCAUGUGGUUGCUGUGUAUAAGUUUCAUUAUGUCUAUCUUGUUUUGGCUGCAUUUAAUGUAAGUAAUUUGUAGCUCAACACAAUCAGUUUGGAAAGAUUGAAUUUCUUGGCAAUGCCAAAAGACUGGGAUAGUUACCUUUAAGUUGCAGAAGUCUUUCUCUCUCUAUAUAUAUAUAUAAACUACUCCAAUUUAACAGGCUAUUUAUGUAAUGAGAUACAAUCAAACGGAAGGCAAAAGGAGCAAAAGCCCAAUUGAGAAGCUUUUGUUAUUGAAGUAAAAAAAAAAAAACCCAAAACACUGAGCACUUGCUGAACCAUAGUAAGUUAAGACACAGUUCAUUCUUAAACAUGUGAUUUUUUUUCCAACACUUAUUUAUUAUGUUUUGUAGCAAAACUCCUUUGUUUACAGACAGAUGAUUCAGAGCCCUACCUAGUUUAUACCAUAAGCUUUACAUUUUAACUCACACAUUGUAUUUAUCAAUGUAUCUGCCAUAGCUGCACCCCUGCUGGCACUGUAAGCUGGGAAGAAGGCUCCUGGAACCCAAAGGUGGCCCCUACCCAGUGCAGUGGGACCAGCUCACUGCCUUUUACUCCCAUCCUCCUCUGUGAUGUGUUUUAUUUUUCCUGAAUUCAAAUGUAUUGAACUUUUGGGUUCAGUUCAUAAUUAAGACUGGUCCUAAUACUUAUUGAAUUGGGGUGACUAAUUAAAACAUCUGUUUUUGAAUAAAGCUGGAUUUUAUUCUCUUGUAAUUACUUAUAUUUUUUUAAAUAAGAAAUUAAUUAGUUUUGACAAUAUCUGUGUAUAUCGAUUGUCAUUUAUUGUAAAUUUACUUCACAUAUUUUCAUUUGCUACACACACAUGGACUGUUUUGUUCAGAUACAAAACGGAGAAGAGAAACAAGGACAAAGUGAGAGUCUGGAGAGCAGAAAGUAAAAAAAUUGCUGAGAAAGGAAAGAAAAAUUGACACACACAUACAUCAGCCACAAGAAUUUGUUUUCACAAAGGAACUUGCAGUUCUCCAAAGAGUUAGUAGGAAUAACAUGAAUCUGGUAGAUUCCCCCAGGUUCCAGUACAGGAACUUUUUAUCACAGGAAAAUAAAACUUUUAGGUAGUUGAUUUUAAAAUCGUAUGUAAUUUCUUAUGUUUGUUAUGUGUUCAGUUCACAAUUCCAGGAGUAAACAGAAAUUAUAAUAUGCCCAAAAGGACCUGCAGUACCUGAAAGGCAACACCUCAAUGAAAAUUUCAAAACAUAGUAUAAACGCUGCAAGGAUACAACAAAAUGCUCAGCUUCUCUAACUCUACAGGAAGAUGAGGUAUAACACCUCCUCAGCCAAUCAGCAGUAGUAGAGCCUCAGACCAGGAAACUCUUUAAAGUAUAGUAUUUGUGAACAUUGCAACAGUGCUUUCCCAUUGCUGCCCUUUGUUUUUCUCUUCUUUCUGUUUGUAGAAUCAGAAGCCACGGGUGAAGUUACUCAUGGAGAAAUUUGAGAGAUGUAACAGAGAUUCAGGGGAUCCUUCAAACAGCCGACCCAUCAAAAUCCCAAGACAAGAUUGCCCCAAAGGAUUACAGACAAGGAAAGCAGCACUUGAGAAAUUUACAAAUAAAGGAUAUACUGCGUUUUGUCCAGGACCCAGUACCCUUCACAAACCUGUUCAGCCUAAGCCUCCUCUGGCAGUCAAGCCUUCAAGUGAUGAUAAAACAGAGAAAGAUCCAAACUCAUCACAUUUGAACCCAGUGGCACAAAGGUUUGGUGUUCAGCUUCAGCCCACUAACAGAGGAAAUGAUGAAAAAGCUGGAUGCACUAAAUACUCUAUCAAAACCAGUGACCCAUCAAAAGAGGACCCAAAGCCUUUGAACCCAAAACCUGCAUGGAACAAGUUCCUUUCUCCUCCUGAUAAAGAAAAAGAUCCUCUGGGACCAAAACCUAAUUUAAAUUUUGCAUCACAGGAGAAUGAGGCAAAACCAGAAUUCUCAAAAGUAGCUGCAGUUAAGGAAAAAUUAAGGUCUGCAGCACAGGAAAAUGAGCCCAAGAUUCCUGUUUCUAAACCACCUCUUGCACAGAAACCUUCUCUAAACAAUGAGGUAUCUCAGAAUGAAGACACUUCUAACAAAAGUGGUUUUCUGCAAAGACAAUCUGGACCUAGAACAGAUAUACAUGCACACCAAGAAGCAAAGGAAAUGGGUGAAAAUAGUAACUCUGCUGCAGAAGCUCCAGGCAGUAAUUUUCCUAAAGUAGCUCUGAAGCCUAGUGGCCACAGAUACAGCUUAGCAAAAGGAGCCCCCAAAACUGUGGCAGAAAACACUGAAGAAAAGGGAAUGAGUACUGCCAAGAACAUCUUCCUCAACAAAAUCGCCCAGGAAGAAUCAGGUUCUUCUCAUAAAUUCCGUAAGAUGAAUACAGCGCUUGCUGCAGGAAAACUAUCAGGUGAAUCACAAGAGGAUGAGGACAGGAGUUCUAGAAUGCCCAAGCGGAAAGUCUUGCCCCCAGUGUUCAAGCUGGGCCAGCCUCCACAAAAGCCCAGCAGACCCCCCACUGUGCACCUGGAGAAGUUCCAGAAGAGCCGUGGAAAAAACAAUCCUAAAAAUGAAGGUUUGAAACAGAAAACACCUUCCUCAUCAGCACUUGCCCCACCGAUACCUCCAUCACACACUGCUGGGCUGCCUCCUCCUCCAGCCUUUCACCCAUCCCUGCAGGUGCCAGCAGCUCCCAGUCUGCCUCCCAGAAACAUCAAGCCCAGCUCUGAAACAAUAAACCUAGAAAAUGAAGAAAAUUAUGAUGACGUUGAAUUUGUUUCACAGGGUCAUGGAAAUACACAGAGGGGUCAAGAAAGUGAUGGAGAGAUGUAUGAAGACAUUAAUGACAUCAGAUCAUCACAGGGAAAAGAGAAGAAGCGGGACAAAGAAGAUAAGAGAAGAAUUGACCAAGAGAAGAAAGAACAAAAGGAAAAAGAAAAGAAAGAGCAUGAACUGAGGAAAAAGUUCAAAUUGACAGGACCCAUCGAAGUCCUUCAUCAGGCACGAGCUUGCAUUGACCACAAGGGAGGAAGGAAUGAACUGACUGUCAAACAGGGGGAUAAGAUUGAAAUCAUUCGCCUCACAGACAACCCAGAAGGAAAGUGGCUGGGCAGGAUAAAAGGAUGCUAUGGAUACAUUAAAACAACCAUUGUGGAGAUUGAUUAUGAUUCUUUAAAAAGAAAGCAAAAAUCAUCUACCAGAGCUGCUGUGAAACAUACAGAGAGUGACCAAGAAACAUAUGAUGAUGUUGGAGAGCAGGACACUACUAGUAGUCAAAAUGGUGACCAAAGUGGAGGAGGAAACAUGUUCCCACCUCCUCCUUCUGAUCAAGACAUUUAUGAUGGAAUUGAUGAUGAAGAUGCUAUAGCUAGGUCUGUAUCGCAGGAUGAAGAUAAGAAUGGUAUCUGGCCCUGGGGAAUCUUGAAGAGACUAAAGGUCAAAGAUGGCAAAAAGAAAAGUGUACGAGAAAAAACAGCCAAAGUCAAUGAGCCAGAAGAAAAUGAAAAUUUGUUCAUGUCUUCUUCAACAAAGCAGUCUGGAAAAGAUUAUGGAGACAAUGUUUAUGAUGACGUAGAUUCUUCAGACUUCCCUGCUCCACCACCUGAUUCCAGUUCAUCAAAAUCAGGAAGCUUUGGAAAACCUAAGUCAGAUGAAAAAGAUGCACAAAAGCUCAAGAAGAUGGAAAAAGAAGAGAAAGAGUUUCGAAAAAAGUUCAAAUUUGAUGGUGAAAUAAAAGUUCUUUACUCUGCAACCACAGUCCAGGAUUUAUCGCAGAAAAGAUGGGGAUAUAAAGACUUACAAAUUAAACCAGGGGAAUCUCUUGCCAUUAUUGAAAGUACAGAUGAUACCAAGGUCCUCUGCAGGAACGAAGAAGGAAAAUAUGGUUAUGUUCUGAGAAGCAAUUUAGUUCAGAAUGAUGGAGAGAUUUAUGACGAUAUUGGUGACGACUGCAUCUAUGAUAAUGACUCUGAUGCUGCAUGCUCUUGAAAUAACAACUUCAUUGAAGAUCAAACUCUAGUUUGGAAUCCCACUUGUGAAAGCAAGAAGAGUCACAAAUGCUGAUUGCAAGUUGAUUGGUGUCUCUUUUAAAUGUACAAUUAACAUUUUUGGGGAUUGCAGCCUUUUAUCCUCCAAUGCUUUUUAUUCCCAUUUAUCUGAGCAUUUAAAAUUGGGGGAAUAUAAGCAAAAGUUAGGGUUAUAAUUUUUUACUUCCUUUCCACAUUUCUUACAAUCCAUGUAGAAACACAUCUCUAAUUAUCUAUUCCCAAAGAGGCCAGUUCACAUCUGUGAAGGGUCUAGAAGGGUCUGGCUUUCACCUGUUAAGCACCAAAGACAGCCACUCUGGGUAGGACAGUAUUAAAAAAAAAAAAUAAAAUUGGUAAGUGGUGAUAACAUCCUGUUGGGAAAAAAAGAAGAAAUCAAAAGUGGGCAUCAGAGAAGACAAUACAUCACUGACCUGCCAUUCCAACUGCAAUAGUGUUAGCCACACUGACAUAUGCAGCCAUGUUCCAUUAUUUCAAAAGUCAGUUUUUCCAUGUUGUACAAAUGAUAGAACAUCAUUCUCUAAGAUUUAUCUGAAGUCUACUUUAGAGUAUAGUGUUCUACUUUAUACUGUAGUAUUGCUCAAAAUAUACUCAGAACAUUUAGGUUAAGAUUUGAUUUCUGUUUAGUUUGAAGAUAAGUUGUCAUUAUAGUAAUAUAGGUAUUAUAAGCUAUAAACUGAUGAUAAACUGUUUGGAAAUUACUUCUAGACUAAAUAUAUAGGUAUAUUUAUCACUCUAUUUUGAUAAUGUCCUUUUUUUUGAAGUAUUGUAGCUUACUACUAGAUUUGGCUAAGAAAGAGUACAGAACUCAGUAUUUCCAUGCUUAUCCAUUGUAGAAAUAACAUUUAUUCCUAAAGUUCAUUUUUGAUGCUGUUGUCUGAAUGACCAAGUUGCAAAUAAAAGCAAAGUCAACAGGUAACUCUUAAUGAUAAGUAUCACUUUACCCUUAUGUAUCAGAAGUCACUGGAAAUCAAAAGAUAUUUACAGUAAGCUCCCAAUAAAGAGGAUGAGCGUGUGCAAAAAAUGGAACAUCUAUUGCUUUUCCUGUAGUGCAAAUUAAUCAAAAACCUGUAACAACCAAUUUGGCGGGAUCAGUGGAAGCAGCUCCUUUUGAUGAACGAGUCUCGCACAAUGCUGAAGGGAAGUCAGGCACAUUGUGCAAAACAACCAGUUUAGUUCAUAAACAUAAAAAAUGUUAAGUCAGUGACUUUUGGUCUCACCUUCAGUGAAGCUGAGAUUCCAUCUUCUAAAAGUGUCUUUUACUGCUACUUCAAAGCACAGUAAAUCUCAAAGGAGGCAUAAUGCAGUGGGGAUAUCAAACAAAAUUAAGAGAUAGUGGCCUAUAAGCUAUUUUGUACUGUAUGUAAAAUCACUGAUAGUAUACUGAAAAGCUAUAUGCAACCUGACUUUCUCUUUCUAUUUGUUAUUUCUCUUAUCUAUUUGCUAUUCAACCAGCAUCCGGGAAUCAAAUACCAAUUUUAUGUGUAAACAUCAGCUGCAGCACCCAAAUAUAAAACAUGACCAAGCAUAUUAAGUGUAAUGAAUAUGUGUGACUAUUUGACUGUCACCCCAAUGGAUUAUUUAUAUUUCAGUGGCAUUCAAGAGGCUGUCUGCAUUAAAUUAGUGAUAUGCCAGAGAACUGUGUGGGCAUGCAGGCAUCUACACAACUACAUAGUUCUUCCAUGUUGUUAGUGGUAAUGUGUGUAGGCAUUGCAAUUCUGUAUCAAUAAGACUGACUAAAUUGGUCAUAUGAUACAUUAAAUAAUGAAAAUAAAUAAAUAUAUUUAUGGCUAAAACUGUAUUCAUUGCUUGUUCAAAUCAAAUAUAAUGUGAUUGCUGCGGGGUGUUAAAAUGAACUUUUAAAGUACUACUUAUUGAAAAAUUACUGGCAUUGGAUCUUUAAACAUUUAGCAAUGUAGGAUGCUUUUUUUCUAUUCUUCUGAAUAAAAGUAUUUCUUAUUAAUAAACAUUUGCUUAACAAGAAA